AUGGCAUUGGCACCAGGAUGGUGUUCAUGGCAUUGGUGCCAGGACAGCUUGACUGAUGGCCUCAUGGCAUUGGGGAUGUGCCAGAACUCAUUACAAUGGUGCUGUGACAGCCUGCAUGAUGGCCUCAUGGUUCCAGGACAGCUUCCAUGGCAUUGGUGUUGUGCUGGAACACAUUACAAUGGUGCCAGGAUGGCCUGCAUGAUGGCCCCAUGGCAUUGGGGAUGUGCUGGAACACAUGGACCUGGUGCCAGUGCUGGCUCACAAUACAUCAGUGCCAGGACAGCUUCCAUGAUGGCCCCAUGGCAGUGUGCUGGCUGGGAUGGCUUCCAUGGCAUUAGUCCUGGGUUGGUGUUGGCCUGGCUCACAUUGCAUUGGUGCUGGGAUGCCUUGAAUGGCAUUGGUAUUGGGUCUGCCCAUGUGGCAUCGAUGCCAGGACAGCCAGCAUGGCAUUGGUGUUGUGCCAGCCUGCAUGGCAUUGGUAUUGGGCCUGUUCAUAUUGCAUUGGUGUUGGCCUGGCUCACAUGGCAUUCAUCCCAGGAUGGCCUGCAUGGCAUUGGUGGUGGGCUGGCCCACAUGGCAGUGUUGCCAGGAUGGCUAGCAUGGCAUUGCUGCACCAUUCCUCAUGACAACAUUUCCUCUCAGGCUCAGCUGUACUACAUGGUGACACUCAUCAGUUGGGCUUUCCCAUACUACAAGGUGACAAUAGGACCUAUGAAGGUCUAUGCAGAAAUCCAAUGGACUGUCAAGGAAAAGCUACAUGACACAAUACAGCAGUAUUAUUAUGAAUGGGAUAAAUGGGGUGCAAAGAGUGCAGAUGGAGAGCUCAAUGGCUCACAGGGAAACUGGAUAUAUGAGAUGAAGUAUGACCUACAUCUGCACAGUUGCAGUUCAAGGACCUACAGCAAACUACAAAUGAGCAGUGACAGUGAUGGCCACAAGAGCAACAACAACACUAGCAAGGGUGACAAGGACAACAAUGCCACCAACAUGGGUGGCAGUGAUGGUGACAAUGCUCGAUGUGGAUUGAAGGCCAUGUCUAAGGUAUAUAGUGAAGUCAAUGCACAGUUGCUGAUAUCCGAAGGAAAUGAAUAUGGUAUGGGUUUGUAUGUUAGUGCAAAGGAAAAGGAAAUUGAUGGGGAUGGAUGGCUCAAAGCCAUUCAUCAGUUGAAGGCCAACAACCAAGAUCAAAUGAAAUUAGCACCUGCACCUGUCAGGGUUGAAGACCUAUCUCUGAAGGAGGCUCAAGGAUCUAUGGAACUAAGGGUCAAAAAAGUGGUGAAUGAAGAUGGGCAACUUGAGGUUGCUCAGCAACACUUAGCACAAGGGCUUCAGCCACCAGACAAAGUACCAGAUGGGAUGGAUGAAGUGAAGGUCCUGGCGAUUCUACUCACCCCAACAUGUCAUCUUAAGGAUGAGCAGGAGCCAGGAGCACAUAUGCAUAUAAGGAUGGUUUGGGUUUUGAGGGGAGUGUUUGAGAGGCAGGGCAGAAAGGGAUGUGUUCAAGAGCAAGAGGUUUUGAGGACUGAGAGGGUUUUUUCUGCAAAAUUGGGAGCAAGUCUUGGGAAAGAAGGGUCAUGUUCAAGUGUGUGGCAAGGUCAAGGGUCCAUGGUGAAGUUGGGGGAAGCAGAUGCAGAGACAAGGACAUUUGUGCAAGGAGAGUGA